CUCAAUUCGUCCCUGAAAGGGUUUCAAAUCGCUACUAGUGGCAAACAAUUGGGCCGAUUUUAAAAGUAUCUAAUUAAGCUCAAAUUUACCAGGAAUGAUCUGACUGUGUUCAUAUUGUAGUUUUUAUUUUAUUUUUUUUCAGAAACACCAUCCUUGGUCAUUGAUGUUGUCAAUAGGAAAAUAUACUUUGCUGGAACGGUAUCUAAAAAGGUGUAUGAAAUGAACAUGAAUGGUAGUGGUGUCAAAGUAUUAUCUGAUACCCCCAAAUUAAAACAGCCAUCAGACAUCGCUAUUGACCCAACAAACGGGUAUCUUUACAUCAGUGAUAUUGGGCAAAAUGCCAUUGAAAGAAUGCUAACGGAUACAGGCAAAGACCGACAAGUCGUUGUGUCUGGUGAAAAGGUGAAUGGUAUUGAUGUGGAUUUGUCAGAUUGUCGUUUGUAUUGGACGAAUCGUGUUGAAAGUCAGAUACGUAGAAGCAGUUUUUUGGGUUCUGACAAAAUAACAAUUGCCAAUUCGACAUCAUUACCACAAUUGACAGAACCUGUCGACGUGACAUCACUUGGAGAAUACCUUUUUAUUUUGUCGAACACAAAGGAGAAACUAAUCCGGAUAUCGGAGAAUGGAAAGAAUCUGGAAUAUAUUGGAAACAGUGUAUUUUCGGAACCGGAAACUCUUAUUAUUCGGAGAGUAAAUAAUGCAAGAAUACCAACAACCUGUAAGGACCAAGGGCAAGGCAAACCUGGUAGGCCAGGAGGACAAGGCAGACCUGGUCAACCUGGUAGGCCCGGUAGACCGGGAAUGCCUGGUGGACCGGGAAUGCCUGGUGGACCGGGAGGACCAGGAGGACAAGGUGGAUCUGGCGGACCAGGAGGGCAAGGUGGCAGACCUGGAGGACAAGGAAGACCAGGUGGACCUGGUAGGCCGGGAGGACCAGGCAGACCUGGUCAACCUGAUAGACCCGGAAGACCAAGUGGACCAGGAGGACAAGGUGGAUCUGGUGGACCAGGAGGAGAAGGCAGACCUGGUCAACCUGGUAGGCCCGGUAGACCGGGAAGACCUGGUGGACCGGGAGGGCCAGGAGGACAAGGUGGAUCUGGCGGACCAGGAGGGCAAGGUGGCAGACCAGGAGGACAAGGAAGACCAGGUGGAUCUGAUAGGCCGGGAGGACCAGGCAGACCUGGUCAACCUGGUAGACCAGGUGGUCCAGGAGGACAAGGUGGAUCUGGUGGACCAGGAGGUCAAGGUAGACCAGGUAGUCCUGGAGGACAAGGAAGACCAGGAGAACAAGGUGGAUCUGGUGGAUCAGGAGGGCAAGGUAGACCAGGCAGACCUGGUCAGCCUGGUAGACCAGGAGGGCCUGGAGGACAGGGUGGAUCUGGUGGACCAGGAGGUCAAGGAAGACCAGGUAGGCCUGGUAGACCAGGACAUGGUGGAUCUGGUGAACCUGGAGGGCAAGAUGGAUCUGCAGUGUGUGGACUUCCUAAAAAUAGUGCAGACUAUGUAAUUCUCGCAACCGAUGGAGCUAAAGGUUUAAUAUAUUAUGCUUUUAUUAAUACACCGAGCCAAGAGAAUAUUGACCUAACUCCUUUCCCAAUCACAAUCGAAGGAGGGCUCCGAGGAGUGGAAUAUGAUCCGGUAGAGAAAUACAUUUAUUGGACAGAAGUACAAACUAAUAAAGUCAAGCGAGCCUGUUUGAACGGAUCUAAUGUUGAAGUUAUACGUCCAAACUCAAAAACACCAUCCUUGGUCAUUGAUGUUGUCAAUAGGAAAAUAUACUUUGCUGGAACGGUAUCUAAAAAGGUGUAUGAAAUGAACAUGAAUGGUAGUGGUGUCAAAGUAUUAUCUGAUACCCCCAAAUUAAAACAGCCAUCAGACAUCGCUAUUGACCCAACAAACGGGUAUCUUUACAUCAGUGAUGUUGGGCAAAAUGCCAUUGAAAGAAUGCUAACGGAUACAGGCAAAGACCGACAAGUCGUUGUGUCUGGUGAAAAGGUGAAUGGUAUUGAUGUGGAUUUGUCAGAUUGUCGUUUGUAUUGGACGAAUCGUGUUGAAAGUCAGAUACGUAGAAGCAGUUUUUUGGGUUCUGACAAAAUAACAAUUGCCAAUUCGACAUCAUUACCACAAUUGACAGAACCUGUCGACGUGACAUCACUUGGAGAAUACCUUUUUAUUUUGUCAAACACAAAGGAGAAACUAAUCCGGAUAUCGGAGAAUGGAAAGAAUCUGGAAUAUAUUGGAAACAGUGUAUUUUCGGAACCGGAAACUCUUAUUAUUCGGAGAGUAAAUAAUGCGAGAAUACCAACAACCUGUAAGGACCAAGAACAGGGCGAACCAGGUAGGCCCGGAGGACAAGGCAAACCUGGUCAACCUGGUAGACCCGGUAGACCGGGAAGACCUGGUGGACCAGGAGGACAAGGUGGAUCUGGCGGACCAGGAGGGCAAGGUGGCAGACCUGGAGGACAAGGAAGACCAGGUGGAUCUGGUAGGCCGGGAGGGCCAGGCAGACCUGGUCAACCUGAUAGACCCGGAAGACCAGGUGGACCAGGAGGACAAAGUGGAUCUGGUGGACCAGGAGGACAAGGCAGACCUGGUCAACCUGGUAGGCCCGGUAGACCGGGAAGACCUGGUGGACCAGGAGGACAAGGUGGAUCUGGCGGACCAGGAGGGCAAGGUGGCAGACCAGGAGGACAAGGAAGACCAGGUGGAUCUGAUAGGCCGGGAGGACCAGGCAGACCUGGUCAACCUGGUAGACCCGGAAGACCAGGCGGUCCAGGAGGACAAGGUGGAUCUGGUGGACCAGGAGGUCAAGGUAGACCUGGUCAAACUGGUAGGCCCGGUAGACCGGGAAGACCUGAUGGAUCUGGUGGACCAGGAGGUCAAGGUAAACCAGGUAGGCCUGGUAGACCUGGUGGACCAGGAGGGCAUGGUAGACCUGGUAGACCUGGAUUGCAAGAGGGAUCUGCAGUGUGUGGACUUCCUAAAAAUAGUGCAGAGUAUAUAAUUCUCGCAACCGAUGGAGCUAAAGGUUUAAUAUAUUAUGCUUUUAUUAAUACACCGAGCCAAGAGAAUAUUGACCUAGCUCCUUUCCCAAUUACCAUCGAAGGAGGGCUCCGAGGAGUAGAAUAUGAUCCGGUAGAGAAAUACAUUUAUUGGACAGAAGUACAAACUAAUAAAGUCAAACGAGCCUGUUUGAACGGAUCUAAUGUUGAAGUUAUACGUCCAAACUCAAAAACACCGUCCUUGGUCAUUGAUGCUGUCAAUAGGAAAAUAUACUUUGCUGGAACGGUAUCUAAAAAGGUCUUUGAAAUGAACAUGAAUGGUAGUGGUGUCAAAGUAUUAUCUGAUACCCCCAAAUUAAAACAGCCAUCAGACAUCGCUAUUGACCCAACAAACGGGUAUCUUUACAUCAGUGAUGUUGGGCAAAAUGCUAUUGAAAGAAUGCUUACGGAUACAGGCAAAGACCGACAAGUCGUUGUGUCUGGUGAAAAGGUGAAUGGUAUUGAUGUGGAUUUGUCAGAUUGUCGUUUGUAUUGGACAAAUCGUGUUGAAAGUCAAAUACGUAGAAGCAGUUUCUUGGGUUCUGACAAAACAACAAUUGCCAAUUCUACAUCAUUACCACAAUUGACAGAACCUGUCGACGUGACAUCACUUGGAGGAUACCUUUUUAUUUUGUCAAACUCAAAGGAGAAACUAAUCCGGAUAUCGGAGAAUGGAAAGAAUCUGGAAUAUAUUGGAAACAGUGUAUUUUCAGAACCGGAAACUCUUAUUAUUCGGAGAGUAAAUAAUGCAGGAAUACCAACAACCUGUAAGGACCAAGAACAGGGCGGACCUGGUAGGCCAGGAGGACAAGGCAGACCUGGUCAACCUGGUAGGCCCGGUAGACCGGGGAGGCCUGGUGGACCUGGUGGACCAGGAGGACAAGGCGGAUCUGGCAGACCAGGAGGACAAGGAAGACCAGGUGGACCUGGUAGGCCAGGAGGACCAGGCGGGCCUGGUCAACCUGGUAGACCAGGAGUACCAGGUAGACCUGGUGGACCAGGACAAGGCGGAUCUGGCGGCCCAGGAGGGCAAGGUAGACCAGGUAGACCUGGCAGACCAGGAGGGCAAGGUAGACCAGGUGGACCUGGUAGGCCGGGAGGAGCAGGCAGACCUGGUCAACCUGGUAGGCCAGGUAGACCUGAUAGACCAGGUGGACCAGGAGGGCAGGGUAGACCAGAACAUGGUGGAUCUGGUAGACCAGGGGGACAUGGUAGACCCGGCAGACCAGGAGGGCAUGGUAGACCUUUUAGUGUUGGAGGGCAAGGUGGACCUGCUGAGUGUGGACUUCCUAAACAUGGUAGUGCUGAGUAUAUAAUUCUCGCAACCGAUGGAGCUAAGGGUUUGAUAUACUAUGCUUUUAUUGAUACACCAAAACAAGAGAAUAUUGAGCUGACUCCUUUCCCAAUCACCAUCGAAGGAGGGCUCCGUGGAGUGGAAUAUGAUCCGGUAGAGAAAUACAUUUAUUGGACAGAAGUAAAAACUAAUAAAAUCAAGCGAGCCUGUUUGAACGGGUCUCAUGAUGAAGUUGUACGUCCCAACACAAAAACACCAUCUUUGGUCAUUGAUGCUGUCAAUAGGAAAAUAUACUUUAGUGGAACAGUAUCUAAAAAGGUCUUUGAAAUGAACAUGGAUGGUAGUGGUCACAAAGUAUUAUCUAGUACCCCCAAAUUAAAAGAACCAUCAGACAUCGCUAUUGACCUAACAAACGGGUAUCUUUACGUCAGUGAUGUGGGGAAAAAUGUCAUUGAAAGAAUGCUAACGGAUACAGGCAAAGACCGACAAGUCGUUGUGUCUGGUGAAAAGGUUAACGGUAUUGAUGUGGAUUUGUCAGAUUGUCGUUUGUAUUGGACGAAUCGUGUUGGAAGUCAAAUACGCGGAAGUAGUUUUUCGGGUUCUGACAAAAUAACAAUUGCCAGUUCGACAUCAUUACCACAGUUGACAGAACCUGUUGACGUGACAUCACUUGGAGGAUACCUUUAUAUUUUGUCAAACUCAAGUGAAAAACUGAUCCGGAUAUCGAAGAAUGGAACGAAUUUAGAAUAUAUUGGAAACAGUGUAUUUUCUGAACCGGAAACUCUUAUUAUUCGAAGGAUUAACAAUACAAGAAUACCAACAACCUGCAAGGAACAAGGGCACGGCAGACCUGGUAGGCCAGGAGGACAAGGCAGACCUGGUCAACCUGACAGGCCUGGUGGACCAGGCGGAACUGGGGGACAAGGUGGAUCUGGUGGACCAGGUGGGAAAGGUAGACCUGGUGGACACGGAAGUCCAGGUAGGCCUUGUAGACCAACACAAGGUAGACCUGGAGGACGAGGGGGAUCUGGUAGGCCUGGAGGCUCUGGUAGACCAGGUAGGCCUGGUAGACCUUGCAGACCUGUUGGACCAGGAGGAAUUCAAGAUAAACCUAGUGGGCAAGUUGGUUCUGAUAAACCACCAGUACACAUUAAACCACAGAGAUUUCUUGGACAAACAGAAUAUAUCGUUUUGGUUACGGAUGAAACACAAAAUAUGAUUUAUUACGCAAUCAUAAACAAUUCAGAAACAGACAACAUCGUGUUGAAACCACUCAAAGUGAAAGUCGGUGAAGGUUUAAAGGCAAUAGCCUAUGAUCCUCUUGAGAAACAGAUAUACUGGUCAACAUCAAAAACUGUUAAAAAAACUUACAUCAAUGGUACCGGUACAAAAGUGGUGCUUAAAGAGGCAGGUAAGCUAUGGCGCAGCAAUAAUGUACUAAGUUAAUUUAAAAUAACUGGUGUAACGGCAUUUCCACCCUUCCUCCUUUGUCCCUUAUUGUUUCUAAGGUCUCAUAAAGUAAGAGAAUAAAUAUAUUUAAAGAUGUGUGUUUGAGGGACAUGCACGUAUUUCUGGUCCUUUUCUGAUUGAUAUUUCUUUUUUUUUUUUUUGCUUGAAUGGCACUUCAGAAAAAUAUAUUUUUUGACAGUAUGUUAUUCUUACUGGAUUCGAACGCAAUACUCAUAUAUUAUCAUUCAGUUGCUUUACCAACUGAAAAAGUUAUUCGUGUUUGAUUUUUGAAAAGGAAUUAAUACACGCCUAAAUUUGUUAUAGGUCUUAAAGCCGUAAAUGA